AUGGGUAAAAAGCCACAAGAGAAGAAGGCUAAAGUCAGCCCGGCAGGGGCGGAUCUGGCUCUUGUAGAUCAAAGCGCAGGCAAUGAAUGCACAGACCACCUCUGCCGCAUUCACGAGGCGCUCAAGACCAUUCGAGGCCACAGCGUCUUCGAUGGAAUAGAUGGCGCUCGGCCGCUAAGCAUCAGCCAGGGCGGCCACCAGACUCCUUUCGACAAAAAGGACGCCGUUUCGGCGCUGUCAAAGGGCGAGGGCGCCUUCUACCUGUGCGGCGGCAACUUCAUGUGGGCAGACCAGAUCUGGCUGGCGAAUCACCGAGCGCCGAUCAAUUCGGGCGUUCUCUUUCACAGUCACGUGGCUGUGGAGACGGCCGAUGAGGCGGGCUCUGAGACCCGAGGCUUCCAACGCCUCUCGCCGCCUGAGCCCGCGCACGCGCUCUUGUUUUCCGUGGCUGAAGCAGUGAAAAAAGGCGCGGACGCCGGAGUGCUUAAAGCCUGGAAGCACCUGCUGCUCACGACCAGCUUUCGCUUCGAGGUCGUGCCAGUGGGUGAGCCCCGGUACUGGCGCGCAGCAAACUUGCGCGAGGAGGCGGUCAACAAAGGGCUCAUGGUCACCAUGACCAUCCGCCAGCGCAUCUACGACAUUGCUGGCUUCAAAGCAGCAAAGGAUGCUCAGCGUGACUCGCCCCUCACUGCUGACCAAGUUGCCAAGAUGUACGAAAAGCUGAAGCUGAACGCUAAAGCUGAGCCAAUCACAAAGAGCUUCGUUGAGUGCGCUGUGAACGUGCACAAGAAGUUGU